CCACCCAAGUUUUUUUUGUUUUUUUCUGUCUGACUGGGUGUGCCUCUUGUCUGUAAUAUGAGAGCCACAUGACCAAUAGGAAAGACAAACAGCCUGCAAGUUAGUGUGUUUCUUCCGCAAACUUUUUUAAGUUUCUGCUGUGUUGUAAGAGAAGCAAGAGAUCAGGCCAUAGUUCAACGACAGUGGAACAGAGCUAAAAGUCCGAGCAACAUCAGCAAACAUGGCAGACCAACUACAAAAGCUCAUAGCAGACAGGAAGAACGUGGUGGAGAACGUGAUGGAAGUGUUUGAGCAGGGCGCUGAAGUAGUGGCCAGUAUCGCUGGUGAUCUCUUCCCUGUUUUCUCCAUCGCUGCCCCCAUUGUUAAACUGGCUCUAGACAACGUGGAGAGCAAAGAGGCUGCGUUCAUGAAGGAGCAGUUCCAGAAGGUCCGUGAGCGUCUGGAGGUGGUCUCGGAGGAGAUUCAGCGGAUCAACGAUGAGAUCAAGAAAAGUGGGGUUGAUGCUACGUAUUUCUCAGUGGAGGAAAACAUCACAAAUCAGUUCAGGAAGUACAUGGACAUCCUCAACGCCAAACCUAAGUUCAGGGAGGUCAAGAAGAAGCUUUUCUUGGAACAUUUUGCCAAGACUGGCGGGGACAAAAACCUGAACACCCUCUACAACGCCGUGACGGGAGAUAACUUCUCUGGGGAGUCCGUGCUCGAGAUCACCCUGAACUACGAGGAGAAAAGUCGCCGGGCGAUGGAAGACUUCUGCGCCAGGCUGAAGAAACUGUUCUGCAUCGGGCUCAUCGCGCUGUUGGGUCACGCUGCUCUAAAGGAGUAUGGCGAGGAGGAGGAGCUACUGAAAGACUGGGGUGAGAAGAUGAAGGCUGUCCAGGAUAAAAUGAAUGCUGUGAUCGAAGACUGCAUCGUCAGCUUCCCCAAACAGGCUGAGCUGGAGUCCCGUCGACUGGUGAGGGACCAGGGGAACUUAAGCAACCAGCAGCUAGCUGAUGCUCUCAUAGAGAAACUAAAGAAGAAGUAUGACUGGGUGGGCUGGUCUGUGCGUGUUUUCAGGUCCCCUUCAGGUCUGUUCACAAACAAGAAGGAUUUCCACUGCUGCACAGGGAAGAGUCGCUUCCAGGUCCCUUCAUCGGAUGAGAAACUUAAUGUUGUGGUGUCCUACAGCUCCUCCUCUGAGCCUGUGGAUGAGAAUCACAUCCAGCAACUGAUCGAGAGUCAGAAGAAAGUCACAGUGGUGAGUGUUGCAGAGCUGUUGUUUGAGAAGCUGCCCGGCUCCUGUGUGGUCCACACAGUCAAAACCAGCAAAGACCUGGCCUGCUGCUGGAGCUUCUCCGCUGAGCUGCACUACUGGCAGGAGCACAAAAACUUCUACGUCUGUGUUCACUCUGCUUAAAGAAUCAUGCACUCAAAAAGUCACUCAUCCUAUAUGUAUGGGAAACUUCAUAUUUGCACCAAAAAAAAGCACCACUGCUGCCUAUCUGCUUGCCUUUUCACAGAAUGUGCCUUAACUGCCCCUCACUGAUAAUCUUUUAUAACUGAGUUGGCCUCUUUUCCUCAUGCUUGCUCCUGCAGACAUGAGGAGCAUCCAUAAGAAACCAACAUAAACUAUUAUUUAACUAACAGUAAUGUCUUUUCUGAUCCCUGCAGCCAUGCUUUGCUCAUUUUUCAAAGCAGACACAAGUGCUGACCACUUGGUUUAGGCUGCAUUAUAUUCUAAUGUCUCUUUUUGUUAGGAAAUUGGUUGAUUUUAAAAUGAAAAUUUGGCAUAACAUCUAAAUCUUAAUUUUAUUUAGCCUUUAUAAAUUUCAGAGGGAAGCAGUUGUUUUGUUACAAGGUGGACGUGUCCAAUUUGUUUAUUUAUAGAAUCCAGCUGUCAUAUGGAGAUUAUGCCUCUCUGGUAGUGAUAAGCAAUGACCUCACCCUGUUGAGGACGUGCACACCAAAGCCACGGCAGAAAAGGUCUCCAGAUUUACAGAGACUGAGACAGAAGCCUUAAAAUCCUCAUUCUGACUUAUUUUCUUGUAUUCAUCUGACCAAAAGUAGUAAACCCUGUUACUAGCUGCUGUACAGACCACAUUCAGUUCAAACAUGGUGCAAAUGGCAGUGCAGCAUUCAGGGCUGAACAAUCCUGUUUAGCUGAAAAAUGAAGAAUGGCGACAAUAAAACUUUAUUUACACAGCAGCACUUUGUUUACAUACAGAUACUUAGCAUAGCUAUUCCUGUGUUACAUCUGUGUCUGUGCAACACAAACUGGAAUCUUGUACCUUCUCAAAACCCUGAACUUCACUUAUUAUGUUUUUUUUUUUUAAUCCAAGAGUUAGUUGGAAUUUUAUUUUAGACAUUAUAAAUCUUAACAUGUGGAUUUGGGAUCUUCUUACGAUGUGAUUUUGAUCAAAGUUUGCAUAAUGUGACCAUGACAGGUGUUUGGAGGUAUGUUAACACCACAUUGUGAGAGCAAAAAUACAUCAUGGAGACAUUACACUUGUAUAUCACUGACAUGUUUUGGGUUUUUUUUUAAUAUAUUUUGUGUGAUAUUGUAAACCACUGUAACCUGUUCUGUGUGUUUCUUCUUUGUUUGUCUUGUUUAUAUGUUAUUGCCAAAGUUUGAGUUGAUAAUUGAAAAAUGAAUUUAUCUUCUGACCAAAAUAUGCCCUAUAUUUACUGUAUAAGUACUGAUGGAAAUGUUUAUGUUGCACACCUGUUAUAUAAUAUUUGCAUAUCCACACAGCAUAUUAGAUGGGUUAUCAGUGUCUCUGAUUCAUAUACUUUUGGUACACCAAAGCAAUGAAUGUAGAAAAACUUUUAA